AUGGCAGCCCGGCUCUUCCUCCUCCUUGACUUAGUUAUAGGAGCUUAUUGCCAAGCAUCUACUAUUGAACGCCGUAGUAGCCGUUAUGUCAAGCUACCUGUUAUACAUUCUACGAAUAAAGAUGUAUUUGCUGACUUCGGGGAUAAGCGAGCUAUAACUACUGUACCUCUAGCCAACAGAUCAGAUGUAGCAUACUACGCCUCAUUGGACAUCGGCACGCCGCCGCAGCAAGUCUAUGUCCAACUAGAUACCGGCUCGUUCGAGCUCUGGGUAAAUCCCGAUUGUUCCGAUCUUUCGGGCUCUGCAGAUGUUAGGUUUUGCCAGGCAGUAGGCCAUUAUGACUCGUCGUCUUCGUCUACCGCAACUCAGCUAGCUGGCACGAAGACCCUGCGGUAUGGUAUCGGUGCAGCAAAGAUCCAAUACUUCUCAGAUGACAUUGGCCUCACAGGCACGGAUGCGAAACUGAAAGGGAUCCAGUUCGGAGUUGCCACGGAGACUGAUGACGAGUUUGCUGGUAUUCUAGGAAUAGGCCACGGAAUAAACGUCACUACGCGUUACAAGAAUUUCGUAGACGAGUUAGCAGACCAAGGGGUAACAGAUACCAAGGCAUUCAGUCUAGCUCUCGGAGGCAAAGAGGAGCAAGAAGGAGUCAUCAUCUUCGGCGGGAUAGACACGGGCAAGUUUACGGGUACUCUACAGACCUUGCCUAUCAUCCCCGCGGAAGAAUCCCCGGACCAAGUACCAAGGUACUGGGUCAACAUGACCUCCCUAAGCCUAACGCCCCCGAGCGGCGCGAAGAAGGAAUACGUGAACAACACCAUGGCUGUUUUCCUAGACAGUGGUGCUACUCUCACUCUCCUACCGACGGAGCUGGCAAACAGCAUCGCGGCAGACUUUGGCGCCAAGGCUACGGAUGCCAACGGCCUCUACCCCGUCGACUGCGCUCUCAACGACCUACCGGGCACUCUAAACUUUGCCUUUGAUGGCGUCACGAUAAAGGUACCCUAUAACGAGGUCGUCAGGGAGAUCCAGAACUCCUUCUUCACGCAGUGUUACCUGGGUAUCAUGCCCAGCGACGACUUCAUUCUCCUCGGCGACACCAUGCUCCGCUCUGCUUAUGCUGUUUUCGACCAAACAAACAACGCCAUCCAUCUAGCUCAAUACGUGAACUGCGGCACGAACGAAAUAGAGAUCACGAAGGACACGGACAUGUCCACUGUGAAAGGCGACUGCGACUUGCCAGCUUCCAAAACUUCUUCCUCCUCGUCGUCGCCAUCUGCUUCUUCCUCGGCCCCGUCGAAAACGAGCGGUAGUACGACGACGCCGUCUGGACUUAGUUCUCCUGGCGCAAGCACGACUGCGCAGGUGGGCGAUUCGGCAUCAUCAUCAACAACAACAACGGAUUCGUCAAGUCCCCGCAGUCGAGUUGAAUGGUGUUUGGGGUUGGUUGCGGUGGGAUUCUGGGCUGCCAUGGCCCUAUGA